AUGAAUUCUACAUUAGCUGUAUUAGUUGUCAUUGCACAUCCUGAUGAUGAAACUUUGUUUGCAGGUUUUAUUUAUGCACUAGUACAUAAAAUUAAUGCUAUUGUUGAUCUUGUUUGUAUCACUAAUGGUGAAGGUGGUUUCAAAUAUUCUGCACCAUCUGAACAUCUAUAUGAUAAUUUACAGUUGUCAAAAGAAAGUAUUGGUAGACAACAUUUACCACGUAUACAUUUAAAAUAUGAUCGAAAUGUUGAUAUUGUUUUUGCUGAACAAUGGAACAAAGAAAUAAUUAUUCAAUUACUUGAACAAAUAAUUAAAACUGGUAAUAAUACUCAAGGUUAUGAUAUAAUGCUUAUUAUGUUACCAAGUAUAGAAUCACAUGGUCAUCAUACAGCAUCCGGUCUAUUGGCACUUGAGACAAUAGAACGUUUGCAACAAAAUAAAUCAACGAAUAUAAAAAUUCCUACAAUAAUUGGUGGUUCCGAAUUUCUUUUAAAUCAAUUACCAAUAUAUUCAUCAAAUCGAUUAGCAGAAAUAUCUUCGAUUCUACCAAAUGAAUUUCGAUUUAAUCGUAGAUGGACAUUAAAUAAUACAACUAAUAUUCCUGAUUAUCAAACGAUUGUUAUUUGGGCAUGUAGUGAACAUAAAUCUCAAGGUGGUUUAAUAACUGAAACAUUAACAACAUAUGUACGAGAAUAUGAGCAAUAUUUUUAUUUUUCCAUUAAUAAUGAACUAAAUGAUCAAACACAUAACGGUUAUAUUUUAAAAAAAGAAAAACAAUUUCAAAAUAUGAGUAUCCCAAAUACAAUGUUCAUUUGCGUAUGCAUGGCUUUGAUCAUUCCAUUAUUGGCCUUGUCUACAUCGAAUCAAGAAAUACAAGAAAUGAUGGAUAAUGUUAACAAUGAAUACGAUCGAUUUGAAGAAUCAAAUCGUCCAAGUCGACAAUUAUUUCGUUCUCCGAUUUAUAAAAAUGAACCCUAUGAUAAUGAUCAUUUCAUUUUAAAGAAAACGGCCGAUUUUGAACAAAUUUUAAAACCAUGCAAUCGAAUGCCAGCUACUGGUCGUGGCCAGGAGUAUGCUGAUUGUGUACGCAAUCGUAUGUUACUUAUGGGUAGACGAAAACGUAGACAAACAAGUUAA